AUGGAAAUAAAAAUUAACAAUGAAGAAGAAAAAAAAAAAAAUAAAAACAAAAAUAAAGUUUUGGUAUGCGGCCUGGCUUCAGGUUUAGUUACCAAAACUUUAUUUGCCCCUUUCGAUCGGGUAAAACUUUUUUAUCAGAUCCAACCUAUGUUUCACCAUUACUCCAAGGAGAAAAAUAAAUGUGAUUUAAAAGUUAAGAAAAAAAAAUAUGUUAUAAGCAGCAAGAAUUUAUUAUUAAAGAACCUGGACAAAAAGGAAAACAAACAAACAAGCGUUACCACAAAAUUAGAUUUAAAACCAAAGAAGUAUGUUCAAAGUGAGAAUGUCGUAUUUCGUAAUUUUAAAAAUUCCUUAAAACAAAUAAUUCAAAAUAGCACAAAAAAAAAAAAAAGAAAAAAAAGUAUGAACAAGAAUAUCAAAUAUUCUGACCUGUGCAUACAUUAUAAUAAAUCAAAAUAUUCGUCUUCUCAUGAAACUUUUAAAAAAAUUUUAUGUACCUAUCAGAGAAAUAAAACAAAUGUAAAUAAUCUAAGUAAAAAUUAUACACUUUUAAGCACUAAUAACAACAUCAGACAUGUAUUAACACGCAAAGGUAUGUUCUUGAGCAAAGCAAAUAAUAGCAUCAACCAACCACUCAAAUAUCAAAGUAUUACACAAAGUUUUCUCUUUAUAAUUAAAGAAGAAGGAGUAUUGGGCCUAUGGAAAGGAAAUUUAAUAAAUACACUUCGAGGUGGUAUUGUGUACUCAGCUAAGUUCGGAACGAAUGAUUUAAUAAAAGAUAAAUAUAAAAAAAAAAAAAAGGAAGAAAAUACCUCAGUGCAGCUAAUUACAAAAGGAAUAACCAACAAAGAUGAUAAAAACUAUAAAGACGACAAGGAUGGAAAAAAUGCCAAUAAUCAACUUAAUAGAGAGAAAAAAAAUUUUAACUAUUACGAAAGUGUUAUAGCAGGCUAUGCCUCAGGCAUAAUACAAAAAACCCUAUCAUACCCUCUAGAUUUACUAAGCAUCAGAGUAGCAUUGGGAAUAAAUGAGAAAUAUUUAAGAAAUAAUAAUUCAGUGUUAUAUAAAAAAAAAUCCAUCUUUAACAUUAUUCGAGAAAUUAAUAACAAUGAAGGAAUUACAGGAUUUUUCAAAGGGUAUUUACCCACUUUAUUAACAGGUGUACCUUAUGUAACAUUACAAAUGCUAUUUUUUGAUUAUUAUAAAAAUAUAUUUCAAAAUUAUUUUCCCCACAAAUCAAAUUCAAUAAGUUCAGUUGCCAUAUAUUCAUCAGUAGCCGGAUCCCUCAGUAAUCUAUCCUCUUUAAUAAUUGUCUUUCCAGGAGACACAGUUAGAAAGAGAAUGAUGAAUAACGGAAUAGAUAACAAAAAUUAUAUUUAUAAAAACACAAUUCAUUGUAUUAAAAAUAUUUAUUACUAUGAGGGGGUCAGAAAUUUCUAUUACGGUUUGUUUCCCUCCAUGCUUAAGUCUAUUCCCUCAGGGGCAAUACAAUUCAUGUCUUAUGAAAUUUUGAAGCAUAUGCUAUCGCAUGAAUGA